AUGGCCUCUCUGCACAGCCCUGAGAGGCCAACAGGCGAGAGGCGGGACAUGGCAGACUCUCCUGGUGUCCCCCCGAGUGCCAAUGCUCACCACCUGUUUAGAGGAUUCAGUUUUGUGGCCUCCAACCUGGUCCAGGAGCCCUCACAGCAGGAUCUUCACAAAGUCCCUGUUCACCCGAUCGUGCAGCAGUUACACGGGAACAAUAUCCACUUCACCGAUGGCUACGAGAUCAAAGAGGACAUCGGGGUGGGUUCCUACUCAGUGUGCAAGCGAUGUGUGCAUAAAGCCACUGAUGCAGAGUACGCCGUGAAGAUCAUCGAUAAGAGUAAAAGAGACCCCUCAGAAGAGAUCGAGAUCCUGCUGCGGUACGGCCAGCACCCAAACAUCAUCACCCUCAAAGACGUCUACGACGACGGCAAGUUCGUGUACCUGGUCAUGGAGCUGAUGCGUGGCGGCGAGCUCCUGGACCGCAUCCUCCGGCAGCGCUACUUCUCGGAGCGCGAGGCGAGCGACGUGCUGUGCACCAUCACCAAGACCAUGGACUACCUCCACUCCCAGGGGGUUGUUCAUCGAGACCUGAAGCCGAGUAAUAUUCUGUACAUGGACGAGUCUGGAAACCCGGAAUCCAUCCGCAUCUGUGACUUCGGGUUUGCCAAGCAGCUGCGAGCGGAGAACGGGCUGCUGAUGACGCCCUGCUACACCGCAAACUUUGUGGCCCCCGAGGUCCUGAAGCGGCAGGGCUAUGAUGCGGCGUGUGACAUCUGGAGUCUGGGGAUCCUGCUGUACACCAUGCUGGCAGGAUUUACCCCUUUUGCAAACGGACCAGACGAUACUCCCGAGGAGAUUCUGGCAAGGAUUGGCAGUGGGAAAUACGCCCUUUCAGGGGGAAACUGGGAUUCUAUAUCUGACGCAGCAAAAGAUGUCGUAUCCAAGAUGCUCCACGUCGACCCUCACCAGCGCCUGACAGCAGUUCAAGUGCUAAAACACCCGUGGAUUGUCAACAGAGAGUACCUGUCCCAAAACCAGCUCAGCAGACAGGACGUGCACCUGGUGAAGGGUGCUGUGGCUGCCACCUACUUCGCUCUGAACAGAACACCUCAAGCUCCGCGGCUAGAGCCAGUGCUGUCAUCCAACCUGGCCCAGCGCCGAGGCAUGAAGAGACUCACAUCCACGCGGUUAUAGCAGGAAAGCAAGACGCCUGGUCGCCAGCCCCAUGCGUCCCCAGCCCAGCGCCCUCUUGGGCUCGCAGGCGCCGGACUCGGAUCCUGCUCACGGGCACCCUGCCGUGACCACGCGUCCAGCAUGAAGGCAGAACCCGCCUUCGCCGUUUGUGUGUUUUCUUUUUCGGCCCUGGCACAG